AUGCUCGCGAAGCACCUCGUCGCGCUCGGAUUCUUAUCGCCACUGGCAAUGGCUCAAUCGUCAUCAUCGGCGGUUGGAGCCGGGGUUCUACCGUCCACCCAGGUCGUCCCCUCGGCCACCAGUCGAUCAGCUUCUGCUGCUGCAUCUUCUUCAAGCGUUUCCGCUACGCCCACUUACUCUGGUCCGCCAGCACUGGUCCUGCCGAGCUUGAGUACCUAUACGGCCUGUGCGAGCGCUAGAUUGAAUUGGCAGCUUCUCAAUGCCAACCCAGCUUCCUAUACCGUCACCUUCGGCGCGCACAACUCGGGCGUGGAUCAAGCCAUCCCAAGCGCGAGCAGCUCGCCUGCCGUCCCCUCAGUCACUACCACUCCUCUUGCCCUUGUUGCCGCAUCCACCUUACGACCCAUCACUUUACCCAUCGCUCCUGCAUCCUCCGCGUCGUCCAGCUCCGCUACGCGCGCCCCGGUCGUCCGUGAUCUCCCCCUCCAACAUGCCCAACCCGUCAAGCGCACGAGACUCAGCAUCAAUCAGACACUCGGUACGAACCCUGCUAGCUUUGGCUAUACCAUACCGGUCGCACUGCCGGAGGGACGGUACAUGCUUGUCGCAAGCGUGCCGGCCCUGGGCUUGAUGGCGUCUACGCCAUUCACGGUGCUAGAAUCAAGCGAUACGUCUUGCUUGGCGGCAUUCGCGGCACUAUCUGCCAGUCUGAGCUCCAGCGCCAGCUCGAAGGCCACCGCUUCGUCAGGCGGCGCACAGACAAGCGGGAGUGCGGCAGGCUCAGGAGGUGCGCCAGUGGGUGCUAUAGCGGGAGGGAUAGUAGGUGGGCUGGCGGUACUGGCGAUCAUAGGAGGGGUGAUCUUCUGCUUGAUGCGGCGGAAGAGGCGGAGUAGGGCGGCUGAAGGCGGAGGGAACGUGAUGCGAGAGUCUGAGAAGGCGUACAAUGGCGCGUCGGCCACAACCGGUCGAUCCAUCUCGCGCCCGCAGCGAAUCCCCAGCGAGGCAGCUAUAUCUCCACCAUCGUCAAACUCGUCACAUGGUCCCUCUUCGUACCCCUUCAACUCCGCUAUGGCACGAAACCAAGCCAUCGGACCCAGCCUCCCCCAAAGUCAGCGAGGCAGCAUCUCGACUUUCGACUCUCCCUUCGGCAAGUCCCCUAUCGAUACCCCUCGGCCUGCGGAAUCAGCCGUACUGCGCGGCGAAAGGGAGAUGGAGAGGGAAUACAACGAUCCCUUCGCUACGCCUCUCGGAAACCCUCAUCGUCGUUCCGUCCCAGUCACGGCCGUAUCACCGCCUGCUCGGCCGGAAUCAGAGGUCGAUCCGGGGCGUCGGGCAUCGUCACCCGUCCCUGCUUUCUCCGGCUCUGUUCCUUUCGGCGCAUACCCCUCUGCCGCCGGUCCCGCCAGUUCGAACGCUAGCCAAACUCCUGGGCGGUCCCCAUCCGGCUCGGAGAUGGCCAGGCGUCCAAGCGUCGGUGGAGGGACGGAGGCGGGCAUGAUGAGGAAGGGAAGCACGAAGCGGAAGCCUGUACCGAGUCUGGGUCCAGAAUUGCGGAGACAGAUGGAUGGGGAUAAGAGGAGUCCAAGUGGAGAGAGUAGUCCGGCGGGAGGGAGUGUGAGGAAGAAGCAGCAGUUCAGCUUGAUGCCGGACAUGCCGACCGCAUAG